AUGGCAGGGACGGUGUUCUCUGAAGUCAUCAUACACAGAGCCAGUAAGGAUGAGGCCUUACACCAUUUGAGAGGACAUAAGGGUGUAAUAUUCUCGAUAUCAUAUGAACCAUAUAGAAAUACGAUAGUUACCACAUCAGAUGACAGGUCUGUAAGGAUAUGGGGUCCCAAUGUACCACCAGCACAUGCACACAAUACAGUGACAUACUGGGAAGGUAUAGAAAUAGUUUGUAAGCAUGAGGUCUACGGACAUUUAGCGAGAGUCAUGAGGAGUUGCAUUACAAAUAAUCUAAUAGUGUCCGUAGGUGAAGACUCGGCCAUAUGUUACUGGGAUUUUGAUGGUAAAUUAUUAAAAAAGGCUCUCACACAUCAGAACGGAUGUAUAUGGUCUGUCGACAGUGAUGGCACCAGUUUAGUUACUGGUGGUGGGGACAGCGGAGUCAUUUUACAUCCCCUGACCAUAGCUACAGAUUACUGCCAAGAAAAUAUCAUUGAUGUAGGUGUAGCCACUCCCAAAAAGGUUUUGUUCACCGCCAGAAACAACUUAGUCAUUAUGGAUGAGGCUAAUUUAAUCUACUACGACGUUGUUAAUAAAAAUAAAACUGAACAUAAAUUAAAUCAUGAAUCUACUUACAAAUUGCUAGCUUUAUCGUCCUGUAAGCAACUGAUUGCUGUAGCAGAUAUGGCAGGCAAACUGGAUGUGUUCGUAGAAAAAUGUAAGGAUGAGGCUUUUUUACUAAAUAUUGUUGAUACUAAAUUGCAAAUAGGAAAGAUUUUGUCCAUGCAAUGGGCGGGCAAUAGGCAUCUAGUACUUUGUUCUGGAGAUGGUAAUAUUACUGUCUUAGCUUCUAAUAACGCAAGAGUAGAAGUAUAUGCUAAUUUUGUUCUACCAAACUGCAAAGAAAGAUGGCUCACAGCUUCUGCAAUAGAACUGGAGAACUAUAGGUUUAUUGUUGGAGAUAGAUGUGGUAACAUACAUGUUUUUAUCAAAGGCCAGAAUAACCCAGUGAAAACCUUCCAUAAGGUACACGGGAGGUAUGGACCAACAUCCAUUAGUGUUGGAAAUAAUAGAAUUAUUACUACUGGACGAGAUGGGACUAUUAAAUAUUUUAGUAUAAAUGGCGAUGUAGUAAAACACAUGAGCAAUAAAGACUUAGCUUUCGAAUGGGUCGAGAAAUUCCUGGAUAAAGGUGAAAAUAUUAUUUGUGGAUUCCAAGAAAGAGUUUUUGUUGUGUACAAUGUUAAUGAGAAUAGUAAAAUGUUAGAAGUGGCGUGUGGAGGUGGACAUAGGUCCUGGGAUGCAGUCAGAUACUUCAAGAAAGUAAAUGAAAAUUACGAAGAAUUAAUAAAACUGAUUUAUUUGAAAAACUCAGAUAUAAAUGUUGUAACAUUCCAACUGAGUAAAAUAGUUUCAAGGAAUGUUAUAAAUGGAUCACAUGCUAAAGAAAUUAAUUGUUUGAAAUCGCAUAGAAUUAGUAAUGCCACAGUUUACAUUACUGGUGGAGAAGACACUACGCUAAGAAUAUCCAGUGUUGAUGCAGAAAUGAACUUUAAAGACGAAGUUAACUUUAAACACUUAUCUAGUGUUAGAACAUUAAAAACAUUUUCCAUAGAUGAGAACCAUUUCUUAGUUUUAUCAGCUGGAGGAAGAGCUCAGCUUUGCAUAAAAGAUAUAAAAUUAACUAACAAAGAUAACAAUAUCGAUGUAACAUCAGAAGAAUUAGUAGAUUACUUAAUAAGAGGUACAGAUAAGGAGAGGAAAGGAAAUCAGACAUGGAGGAACUGUUCCAUUGACUUUGACCCUGAAAUGAGAAUCAUGGACAUAGAUGUGAUAAAUGAUAAAGAUGGACUUAUCAUCUUUGCAGGUUGCUCCGAUUCUUAUGUAAGAGUGUUCACCUUCAAAGAAGAUAGUAAAAAGGUAGAGAUUAUCAAAGAAGCGAAGUAUCACAAAACUUGUAUUUUGAAAACGAAAUGUAUCAAAAUUCUUAACAGAAACAUCCUAAUCACAUGUACAACUAGAAGCGAAGUUACAUUUUGGAAUGUAACGGACAUUACAAAUGACAAUUUUGAACCAUUUUUCAGUACAAAAACUAAUAAAUCAGGUAUAAACAGCAUAGCUACCGUCAAUGUGUCUGAAGAUAAGGUUCUUGUAGCCACUGGGGGCGACGAUAACGCUGUCCACACUAUAAUAGUAGAAAUCAAUGUCCAAAAUAACAUGACCUCUGCAAGAGUACUACACACUUGGAAAAGUGCAAACAACCACAGCUCACAGAUAACUGGGCUUAUUUUAGUAGAUGACUAUCUGGUUUCUACGUCAAUAGAUCAGAGGAUAACAUUGUUUCGAUGGAAGAUAUAUGAAGAGGGGAUAGAUUGCAAGUUUUUGUCGCAAUCUCAUACAAUGGUCAGCGAUAUUCAAGGGAUGGACCUUCUGGAUCAUAAUUGCGAAUCCAUAACAGUAUGUGUGUUUGGAAAAGGGAUGGAAGUCAUAGCUGUUCCUAAGAUCCCAGAGUAA